GCAGCAGCAGCGACAUAAGCCCAAAUUCCCUCCUCUUCCUCAACCUAGACCAAACUCCCUCCUCUUCCUCCCCGAUUGACCAAGCCGACGGGAUCAUUUAUAUACCUUCAUUGCUGCUCGGGCCCUUCCCGCAACUCAGCGAUUGGCAGAGGAGCGGGAUCCACCCCGCCUGUAGAUGCCUCCAUGGAGGCUGCAGCACAACCUUCUAGAAAGCGACCGAAGUCUUCUUCCUCAAAACAACCUGCCUCGACAACGCACUCUCUCACCAUUACAUCGUGCUCAACACCUGUACGAGGCUGAGACAGUCUUUACAACAACGAUGGAUUACAACCUGCAACUCUAUGUCAGCCUGACCGGUCGCGACAUGACCGAUCACUACGGCAGCCUUGAUGUGCUGAUCAAUGCUGCCGGCAACCUGCAACCCUGGGGGACCCAGAUCGGUCGCGACAUGACCGAUCAUUAUGGCAGUCUCGAUGUCCCGCAGCAUUGAUGGAGGACAGCAUUGAUGUCCUCCAUCAAUGCUGCCGGCAUCGCAGAGUGAGUACUAAGGACCGAGCGACCACUGCAGUAUUAGGUACUGACCAUUUCAGAAGCUCGAACCUCGUGGCGGAGACGUGCGAAAUAACGCGUCUACUUGGAGCAUCCAGUGUCGACGUCUUGAUGAGUUCUAUGGAUUACAACCUGCAACCAUUGGGAAGCCAGACAGUUCGGGACAAGACCGAACACUGUGGCAGCCUCGAUGUCCCGCAGCAUUGAUGUCCUCCAUCAAUGCUGCCGGCAUCGCAGA